CCGAAAUUGAUAGUGAGAAUUUCGUCAAGAAUCAUCUCAAAAGAUCAAUCCAGAUGAAAACCGGCCAAAAGCUACUCGUCUACAACCCAAGAUUCGAGGGUGCCAGCGAUUUCUACUUUGCUGAUUUUGAUGACGACCUCGUUGAUGCCUUCCCACUCAAAAUGCCAUUGGUAUCUCGUCAUCGCGACACAUCCGUAUACGGUUCUUGUAAUGGUUUGUUUCUCAUGGGUAUGGAUUCUAUGGAUUUUAAAGUUGAAUACCAAAGUUUGGAUCUUUACAUAUGGAAUCCAUUUACCAGGCGCUAUAGGAAAUUACCGCCUUGUCCAGUCCAGACCCUUUCUGGGUAUGGAGAAUUCAAGUGCUGUGGUUUAGGGCAUGAUUCUGCUUGUGAUGACUAUAAGGUUGUGAUGAUUUCGAAGGCUGAUGACUCCAAUCAAGUCUGGGUUUUUGGGUUGAAAUCAGAUUUUUGGAGGAGGAGCCGAGAUUUGGAAGAUGAAGUAACCACAUCAGCGGGGUGUUUUGCAAAUGGUGCUCUGUACUGGAUGUGUAAAAAUAAGUGUGUUGGUUUUGAUCUCGAGAAGGAGGUGUUCUUUGUCAUUCCGCUAUUGUCUGAUUGUGGCCCAGCAGCUUUCUUUUUCGAUUCCUUCGAUUCGUUGGUGGUUUUCCGAGGUAACCUUUAUUUUCGUACAUUGGUUGAUGAAAAGGUAGAAUAUUACUUGCUUGUGAGUGAUGUGAGUGAUAAGGGUGGAGAAGUUGUAGGAGUUAGUUGGAGGAAAGAGUUCACUAUAGAGAAUGUCGAGAAUAUUUUGCAUGAUGUAUUUCCGCUCCUGCCUUUGGCUUAUUCAAAAGAUGGGUGUAGCAUUCUGCUUCACGACUUAAGUGGGGUUUUUUGGUAUAACCUUAAAAACAGAACAAACCAAAGGGUGAUUAUUGCUGGGUUGCCUGAUGUUCCAUGGUCCAGAUACAAUGUCUGUUGGGAAAGUCUUGUUUCUGUUGGCAAGGAUAGUGCAUUUGAUGGAGCAGCUGAGGAAGUGAGAAUAGACGAUUUAGAGGAGUAGAACAAUAUGAAGCUGCCUUCUUUUAGAAGCUCAAGCUUGUAAAGACAAAUAGCUGUUGUGAUGUAAUGAAUGGAUAUGCUUUUGGUUAGCGAGUAUGAUUGUAUUUCAAUGAAAUUCCAUGUCAAUCCAAUUUCUGUUUUAGCCCUUCUCCUUAUCAAUCCCAAUUUAGUACCUUUUGUGGAAUUUUGGAUGGUUUGAAAUGGGACAUGGGAAAUUUCCCUUUUAUCUAUUUUGGAACUCUGCUUUAGACAUGUAUCACGUAUGGCAGUGUAUGUUAUAUAAGCUUUUAUUGGUUAAUCCUCAGAAACAUGUUGAAAACUAAUUUUUGGCAUAGCAGAAUGCAUGUGUGUUGUGCGCAGCAAAGUGUGGGGCAACAUGUGAACGCCUAUCUUUCUUGAGUGUUUGACUGUGUGUUUACUGUUUAGUAACUGUGUUUGGGCAGCUAUAAUUAUGAAUUAGGUAUCCAAUGAGUUCCUCAAUGCUGUAGUAGGACAGCAAAGGAAGGUGUCAUCUUACAUUGAAGGUGAGAUUUGUUUUGGCAGCAGCACUGUACUUCCGUGGAUGACAGCAAAGGAAUCACUGUUUGUUUAUGCAGAAAAGCAAGCCUUCUAAGGUAGUCAGUAAAAUGAUUUUGCAAUU